GCCACCGCUUGGCCACAACCAUCAUGUUCACCAGCCCGCACCAACUGCGGCACGCAUUAGGACGGCUUUGCAAACUACGAAUAUCCCAAUGGUAAUAAAUACAUUUACAUAUUAUACCUCAACCCAAGGUAUGUACGAGUUUGGAUCGGAGCUCACAGGUCUAUUGACAGGUCCAAGAGUCUACAGCAUCCGUCGUGCAAGUUCCGUUUACUCAAGGUGAGUGGUACCUGCCUCGAGGAUUCAGGGUGACUUUCUUGGCAAGGUCAUUUAUAUCAUCGACCGAUAACAACACAGGCACAAGCAGUGUCCCCUUGCUGGGUCUCGGUCUUCCCAUGUUCUGCUCUCACAAGCGCCGACGAAAGAUCCGCACGAAAGACUCCAUCUCGUAUCCUAUUCCAAGCAACCAUACCCCAGAACUCCCACCAGAAAACGACGCACCCCUCUGCUCAACAUGCUCAUCCCUCGACCUCCAUGCAAUCCUACACGAUGGCGUCCCAAAAGAACACGCAAUCCCCAUUGGUCACCUCACAGAUAUCCUUAACAAGUCCAACCAAUGCGGAUUGUGCAACCUCGUAGCUAUCGUCAUCCGUCGCGCGUGGAACUUGGAUAAGUUACCUGAUAUCGACAUUUCUGAUAUCACCUGUGCGCUGUAUGCGAUGGAGUGCGGGUAUCCGAACAUUCCGGAUUAUAUCUCUCCUGUACUCAGGGAUAUCUGUCAUCGGCUGCAUAUUCAGACUUUUGAUAGACCUCGGGAUGUUACAGCUGCCAUGGUCGCCGCGCAGUCAAACCUCUUGCUGGAUAUCCAGCUCCUUGGAGAAGAUGCUUCCAAGUUGGGAGGACGAAAGAACUUCAUGGCAGGAGGGUUGGUCAGAAUAGAUGGAUCCACAUCUGUGAACACGAGCAUGGUUCGCGCUCCGCCAUCCUGCCGUUUCGUCGCUCUUAGCUACCUCUGGGGAGGUACAGGAGAAGAGUACUGGACGACACGGGCAAAUAUCAAGCAGCGCAGAGCACAAGGUGGCCUUGAUGUAUCAGUGCUACCAUCCACGAUCUUAGACACCAUUCAACUCGUCCGUCAGCUGGGCGAACGGUACCUUUGGAUUGACGCGUUGUGUAUCGUGCAAGAUGACCCUAAGGACAAAGCAGUGCAAAUCGGUGUGAUGGAGCUUAUCUACGGCACCUCCGCAUUCACAAUCUUCGCUGCUGGCGGCACCUCCGCGCAUGAUCCUCUCCCAGGCAUCCGCCCAGGGACCAGGGAUCCCAAACAACAAAUAACUAAAAUACAAGGUCUUCACCUCGCCGUCCCUCUCAUCCUCCCCCGUGAGGCCAUAGCGAGCUCUGCAUGGGACACGCGUGGUUGGACAUAUCAGGAACUCAUGCUCUCGCGCCGCCGCAUCUUCUUGACCCCCCAUCACGUGCACUUUGAAUGCGGAGAGGAUAUAUGGAGCGAAGAUGUGAUUGCAGAGCGUAUCAACCUCCCCUGGGCAUCGCACCCCCUGAAGUACGGCGGUGCAGGUGGAUUCACGUCCGUGCGUGCUCCACCGGAGUGGAAUAGCUCUACAUAUAUGGGGCACUACAUGAGCAUCAUCGGAAAGUAUACGCAACGCAGGCUUACUAUGGAGUCAGACAUCUUGAACGCUGUUACGGCGCUCAUCAAUGCUAUGGCCAAGGGGUUCAAGCUCGCUGGUGGUAACCCUGGUCAAGCAUUCCGUUUUGGGAUGCCCAUCGUUGACCUAGAACUUGCGUUAGUGUGGCAGCCAACGUCCAAUACAUCAUGUGUGCGACGCGCGACUGGGGAUGGAAAUAUGACGCUGUGGCCAUCCUGGUCAUGGGCUGCGUGGCGGGGUGCUGUCCAGUACAGCGAAGUGAGCUUGUUCGUCGAUGCACAGAAUGGGGGCGUUUCUCCGUGGAUAACCCAGUCACUGGUGGAACAGUGGCACGUG